AUGGAAGAUGAACAGCCGGCUAGAGAGGCUAACAAAAUCUGUGGAGUAUGCGGCGAUCGUGCGCUCGGUUAUAAUUUUAACGCAGUCUCGUGCGAAAGCUGUAAGGCUUUCUUUCGAAGGAACGCUUUGAAAAAUAAGGAUUUCAGAUGUCCUUUUACACAAAAUUGUAAUAUCACACCAGUUACCAGACGUUUUUGUCAGAAAUGUCGCUUAGACAAAUGUUUUAGUAUUGGUAUGAGAAAAGAGUAUAUUAUGUCAGAAGAGGAUAAGGUAUUGAAGAGAAAAAAGAUAGAACAAAAUCGUGCAAAGAAGAGACCUACCGGGGAUAAUUCAAAGGCACCAAAAGUUAAAAAGGGUUGUAUAGAUGAAUGCACGUUUGAUGACACUUCUAUGUCAAUUAAUUCAGUUGCAUCAACCGUGUCGGAUACGUAUUUCUGGGAAUCCGAUAGGAAAUAUACAGACCUAGAUGCUAGCAGGCAGAAUGUAACAGAAAGCUUGAGUCCGGUAACAGCUGCCAGUGUUCCAAGUCCUUCUAGUCCUCCAGAAAAUGGAACUAUAAGUGGGUCAAAAACACUUGAUAUGAUGAAAAACUCUUCUAAUAAUUCCAAUUCUAAUUUUGAGAAUUCUCCUCACCGUGAGGAAAAUGAAACAGAAAUGGAAAGAUUAAGAGGUGAUUCGGAUUCACCUGUAGCAAAUCAGCAAAAAUGUGAUAAAGUUAAAUCUGUUUCUAAUAAUUUAGAAAAGGAUAAAGAAUUCGUAAUAAGUUCAAAAAGGUUGGAACAGAAUGCUUUAGACUUAAAUUCUGAUUUUGAUUCUGCUAACAGUGAAUCAUUAAAAUAUUCUUCAGAGUUUGAUAAUACAUCCUGUUACAAUAAAUUAAAUCAUAGUCCUGUACAGAAUUCUCCAUAUAGUGACCAUAUGCUACAUUCUAAAAGAAUGAAUCUAGAUGUAACUUCAGAAAUGCAUAUAGGUAUGCAAGUUUGUCCUGAAGAAUUAGAAACAUGUACGAAAUCUAGCAAAGAAGCAUGUCCUAAAGAAAAUAACGUAAUUGCUAAAUUUAAUCAAGAUCCAAGCGUAAUCACGAAGCUUGUUAAUAAUUCGAAUUUUAUUGCAAAGAUAUUUCAAAAUGAAGAAUUACUUCUAAAGAUCAUGACAGAUCCUGCUGUUGUUAGCAAAUUAGAGGCAGAUCCUGAAAUUUCAAAAUUUUUCGAGGAAGAUAGUGGCACUGUAGAAAAAGAUCCAUCAUCUGAAAAUAAAACAAACAUUCAGUAUAAAGAUGAUUUAAAAGCUACUAAUGUUUUAAAUCAUAAAUUUAAGCCAGCAUUUAAAAUUAAACAAAGACACAUAGAAAAUCCAAUUCUGACGGAUUUAAUUACAAAUUCGAAUCAAGAAGAAUGCAUAAAUCAACGAAUCGAACCGAGCAGUAGUGGUGAUUGGAACAAGAAUGUAACAGAUGUUACAAGAGAUGUGCUUCAAGAUGUACAAAGUGUACCAAUUCUUGCAAAUUCCAUUGAAUCAAUUCUUUGUGAAGCAAUUAAAUUAGAGUUUUCAGCAUAUUCGGCUCUUGGUGGCAUAGAGACCAGAAGGGAAUUAAAUGACGCUGAAAGAGCAAAGUUAAAUGAAUUAAUAGUGGCUAACAAAGCAUUAUUAGCUCCAUUAGAUGAUGAUAUAACACAUUUAAUUGGUGAAGAUUGUAAUUUUAAGAAUAUUUUCGGUCGAUCCGAUCCAGCACUAUUAGAUGUUAUAAAUCUAACAGCUAUUGCUAUUAGACGCUUAAUAAAGAUGGCGAAAAAAAUAAAUGCUUUUAAGAAUAUGUGUCAAGAAGAUCAGAUCGCUCUUUUAAAAGGAGGCUCCACGGAAAUGAUGAUUCUAAGAUCGGCACUCACUUAUGAUGCUGAGAAAGAUAUGUGGUGCAUCCCACACAGUCAAGAAAGUAUGUCGAAUAUAAAAGUGGAUAUUUUGAAGGAGGCAAACGGAAACCUCUAUGCUGAGCAUACAAGGUUUCUUAGAAGUUUUGACUCGAGAUGGAGAGACGAGAAUAUUAUUUUAAUUUUAAGCGCAAUUGCUUUAUUUACACCUGAUAGACCAAAAGUGGUGCAUAACGAUGUUAUCAAACUAGAACAAAAUUCUUAUUAUUAUUUGCUCAGACGUUACUUGGAAAGCAUAUACCCUGGAUGUGAGGCCAAAUCUAUGUUUUUAAAGUUAAUUCAAAAAAUUUCCGAUCUUCAUAGACUGAACAACGAAGUUGUUGGGGUUUAUCUUAAUUUAAACCCAUCGAGAGUAGAGCCACUGCUUAUAGAAAUAUUUGACUUGAAACAUUGAAGUUUGUUCAAUGUAUUAUAAGAAGAAUAAUCUUGAAACUUUCUUGAUUAAUAUUUCUUCAAAUAGAGAAAUUAAACAAAUGCUGUUAUAGCUUUAUUUUAAAAAGAUUGCAUGUCUAUAUAAAGUGUCGAAAUAAUGUUUCAAGCAUUCAAAGAACCUGUACAAAUUGUAUGAAGCCAAAAACUUAUGAUUGGGAGUACCUACACACAAUUUAUGUAUAUAUAAAGGGUAAACAUUGUAUAAAUGAGAUUGUAGAAAGAAGUUUAUUUGUAUCAAACUUUACGUCUAAACGAAGUCAUAUUAGAAUAGCAUCUGUAUAAAGUAGUACAGUUAAUUUUUAUCUGGAAUACAAAAAAUUUUACUGUAAUUAAAGAAGCUUUCGCUUGUAAGAUAUGAAAACUUUACCGUUGACUAUUGACACGUUGAACUUCAUGACAACCAGAGAUUAUAAUCUUAAAUGAAUAUAGAAAAGUAUUUCGUCGUGUUGUAUCAAUUUGUCUGUGUACGGAGGAUAAAUGCAUACACACAGUGUAUUAGCAUAAUGAUUGUUGAAAACAUUUUGACGAAUGUACCUUAAACUGUUAUACCUAGAAAAAAAUACUUGUUGUACAUACUUAUGCCAAAUUCUAUGUUCAUGUUUAAAAAAAAAAAAAUAUUUGUUUAUUUUCAAAGAAAAGUAAAGAUUUUCAAUAGAUAAAAUAAAGAUAAAAUCAGUUCUUAUAAAAUAUGAUAACAAUUUAAACAUACAAAUGAAUAUGUGCGGUAUAAUCUGAGAAAUGUGUUAUCACAUUACGAAGAUUAAGAUGUACACAAUAAAUAUGUGAUAUAAUGUCAAAAUAUAUUUUUCAAAUACUUGUUA